AUGGCUGUUAUCAUUGAGAGCGCUUUGCUGUUUACUGCGGCGAGUGUAAUGCUCGUGAUCACCUACUUCACUCACUCAUAUGCAGCGUUUACUUGCCUGGGCAUUGCAUCCCCGCUCAUUGGAAUCGCUUACUGCCUUAUCAUCGCCCAUUUCGGACUCCGUGGGGCUUUCAAAACCAAGAGGCCAAUGCUGUCCUCCAUAUAUCUUCCUCCGUUGCGGUCCUCGCACUCAGCUACCCCUGUGAUGCCCGUGGUCAUCAAUGCGACAACCCAGUCUGGGACUGUCAGGAUAGGCGACAUUGAUCUCGGCCCAAAGACACCCCAGGCGCUUCGCUCUCUUCAUACCAGUCUUUCCGACCGUGUUCAGGCCUAG